AUGAUGAGUGGUUUUGGUUUGAGAGAAUCUCAUGGCUCGACAAAACUGGUAAGAAUUGUUGUGGUUGGUGAGACAAGAACUAGGAAAUCAAGUUUGAUCAUGGCUGCAGUAACUGAUCAUAACCAUCCUGAUCCUAGAAUCCCUCCUCUGUUACCUUACACAAAUUUACCUUCUGAAUAUUGCUCUGAGGAUGUUCUGUUUACCCUUAUCGACACUUCUUUGAGACCAGAAGACAAGGGAGAUAUCAUUAGGGAAGUCAAGGAAGCAGAUGCAACGUUUGCAAUGGAUAGACUACUAGAGACUUUGGACCGUUUGAGUGAAUAUUGGCUUCUUCUGUUUCGACAUUUAAAGGUGAGAGUCCCUAUCGUAGUAGCAGGUUAUAGUGUUAUCCAAAAGGAACACAAUACAAUCGACACUAAAGAGAUAACAACACCUAUAAGGCAACAAUGUCGAGAAAUCGAGAUAUGCAUUGAGUGGUCUGCUCCGAGGCUAUCUGAUAUCAGUUGGCUUGCUCAAGCGGUUUUUGUGCAAGCGCAAAUAGCGGCUAUGAACCAUAUAGGACCCGUAUAUGAUCAAGUAACCAAUUCACUGAAGCCUCGAUGUGUUGCUGCCUUGGAACAUAUAUUUGAACUCAAUGCAUGUGACAAUGAUUACAUUCUCAGUGACGACGGCUUUAACCAUAUUAAUGCUCGUUGCUUCAGUAUACCAUUGAUGCCUUCUCGUUGUAGAGCAUUAAUAAAAUCUGUUCAAGAACUGUGUCCUGAAGGAGUCAAAGAAAACAGCCUCACAGUAGAUGGCUUUUUGGUUCUAAUCACAAAGCUUAUCAUGGAUAGAAAACUCAGAACGUUAUGGACUAUGCUUAGGACAUUCGGAUACAACAAUGAUAUAAGACUUGUAGAUGAGAUGAUUCCUUAUUCAUCAUUCAAACGCAUACUUGAUCAGAGUGUUGAGCUGACAAAUGAAGCUAUUGGAUCCUUAAGGAGAGUCUAUCACCGUUUCAAUAACUUGGGACCUCAAAUGAUGGAAUCUCUCUUUGAAACUGCACCUGAAAGCAAAAUUAACCAUGAAGAGAGUGACAUGUAA